AUGGAGCUCCACCUGUGGCUCUGGCUGUGGUUUGGGGUCCCUGUGGGGUCCAGCCUGCCGCACCAGCCCCAGAGGGGAGAGGGCGGCUGCCGGCUGCUGCUGUGGCCCCAGGUCACACAGGCCCGGUGCCGGUUCCACCACCGGGGGGCCCUCCUCCCUUCCUGGAAGGACCCGCACACCAGAGGCCUGGACCGCCGGGCCCCCAGCGCAGAAGUGGAGCCCAGAGGCCAGGGUGAGAGAGAGCCCGCCUGGGCUGGGGAGGAGGGUGGUCCCCAUCGCAUUCUGACUCCCCCUCCUCCACAGCCUGGGGUGCCAGCGUGGGCUGAGGACCUCCCGUCUCCCCUUGUGGGGCAGUGCCUGGCUGCCCAAGCCCUUCUCUCCAGCAAAGCGCCUCCUUCCCCCGGGCAGCUCCCCCAGUGGCGGGAGCACCAGAGCAUCCUCCGGAGCGGGGCCCAGUUGUGGGCCAGGAAGAAAGGGGGCUCCCGGAACCUCUUCAUCUGCCGCUGGGAGCCCCCCAAGAGGCUGCGCAGAGCGGCUCCCCACCCCCAGCAGCAGCGGCACCAUCCCUGCACGGUCAGGUGCGGCCCAAGACCGAGGCCCACCCGAGAGCCUGUGACUGCCCCCCCCAGCUUCCGACCAGGACCCUCCACCCACCCGCAAGCGGGCAGCCCAACAGAUGCCAGCUCCACCCCGCGGGGGCCCACUGGCCAGGCAGAGACCGGCAGGCAGCAGACCUCCAGUGCCCAGACCCCGCCUGGCCAGCCCCUGGAAAGCACGGAGGAGCAGCUUCACUCCACCAGCCUGGGGGGGCCGAGGGAGCGCCUCCAGCCCAGCACGGGCCCCCAGCCGACCCCCUACGAUGGACCCUCCCGCCCUCCAGAGGCUGACCCAGGGCCCAGCAGCAAGACCACCGCUGCCGAGGGACCAGGAAGGCCCUUUCCACCCUCCACCGGGGGAUCCACCCUGCUCAGCCCCCGGGACAAGGGACAGGCCCUGGAGCAGCUGCUGUGCCAGUUCCACCAGAUGGUACCAAGCCUGGGCCACCCGCUGGCGGUGGAGAGGGCCAGCCAGGCCCUGCAGGAUCUGACCAGCUCCCCUGCUGGGCUCUCAGAGGGAGACCAGGCUCAGGCCAGCCAUGCCCUCCACUUCCUGAGCUCCCAGCUGCCCACGGAAGCCCUGGUGAAUGAGAGCUGUGCCCCGUUGGCAGCAGCUGCCUCCUCUCUCUUCCAGUCGCUCAGCAACCUCCUGGUGGCCAGGGGCACUGAGGCCCCCGGCGCUGGGGUUGGUGGCAGCCAGCAACAGCAGCAGGAGCAGCAGAGGGCAGCUCUGGGGGAGAUGCUGGCCGCCCUGCCCCUGAUCCAGACGGGGCUCUUCCUGGCCGGCAGCACCAGCUCCUCCUCCUCCACAGCUGAGCCGCCCUCGGUGCUGGCCGAGUCUCCGGCCCUCAGCACCACCCUCAGCAGCCGCAGCGCCUCCUCCCUGCCCCACAGCUCCUUCUACUUGCCUCAGCCCCAGCCCCUGAGGGUCACCUUCCCCUCCGCCUCCGCUCUGGCCCCACUCCUCGGUCGCCAGCCCGGCCCGGCCCAGGUCCAGGUCCAGGUCCAGGUGGCCUCUUUUGCCCUGGACCCCUUCAGGCCCCUGCGGGGGAAGGCCAUGGGCAGUGUGGGCAGCGUCGCUCUCCACACCAGCGAGGGGCCCGUCAGCCUCCACGGCCUCCAGGAGGAGAUUGAGGUUGCUUUUGAGGGAGAGGAGGGAGUGGAGGCUUCGCCCGCCCACCUGAAUGGCCCCAGCGGGCACUUCAGCCUGGAGGUGAACGUCACGUCCCUGGAAGACGCCCUGCUGGUCAGCGUGAGACCGGCCUCCCCACUCCACAUCACCCUGCGCCUGGCGGCUCCCCCACAGGCCCCCGCCAACUGCUGCCUCCUCAACACCACCCUGCCCAGGGGCAGCUGGCAAGACGAGGGGGCCUACGUGUGGGUCGUUUCCCCCCAGCACCUGCAGCAGCACGGCCCGGGCACCUACUCCCUCUCUGCAGAGGUGGCCUCCGCACAGCCCCCGGGGGGCCUUAGGAACGUCUCCGUCACCAUCGCCAGCACAGGCUGCUACCACUGGGUCAGCCAGGAGCACAGCUGGAGCAGCCGCGGAUGCCGGGUGGGCCCUGAAAGCACCCUCCGCCGGACGCAGUGCCUGUGCAGCCAUCUGAGCUUCUUUGGCCGCUUCCUGGUGGUUGUGCCCCACGUGAUUGACUUCCAGCAUGUGGGGCAGCUCCUGAGCCGAGUGGGGCAGAACCCCGUGGGCCUGGCCUUGCUGUGCAGCCUCUUGCUGGCCUAUGGAGCCCUCCUGCUGUGGGCCUGCCGUAAGCAAAAGGGGGACCGCAGGAAGGCCAAGGUCACGGUCUUGGGGGGCAGUGCCUCCAGUGCCGCCUCCUGCUGCUGCUACCUGGUUCAGGUCUUCACAGGCUAUCGCAGAGGAGCCGCCACCUCGGCCAAGGUGGUCCUGACGCUGUACGGGACAGAGGGGCGGAGUGAGCCACACCUGUUGCAGCACCUGCAAGCCCCCAGCUUUGAGCCGGGCAGCAUGGACGCCUUCCUGCUCACCACCCAGCAGCCCUUGGGCACCCUGCACGCCAUCCGCCUCUGGCAUGACAACACUGGAGCCCACCCCAGAUGGUUUGUGCGUGGGCUGGUGGUCAGCGACCUGGCUGCCCGGCAGAAAUACCAUUUCCCCUGUGGCUGCUGGCUGGCGGCCGACAUGGAGGAGGGCCAAGUGGACAAGGUCUUCAUAGCUGCCUCCGACAGGGAACUCAGGUCCUUCAGGUACCUCUUCUGGGCGGGGCUGGUGGAGAAGCUGACGCAGGAGCACCUGUGGCUGUCGGUAGUGACGUGUUCGGCGUGGAGCCCCUUCACCCGGGUGCAGCGGCUCUCCUGCUGCCUGGCUCUGCUGCUGUGCUCCCUCCUCAUCAACAUCAUGCUGUGGAAGGGGCCGGAGGAGGAAGAGCAGCAACAGCAGCCGCCUCGGGGACCCUUCCUGGUGACCUGGCGAGAGCUGAUGGUGAGCCUGGAGGCAGCCGUCCUCCUCCUCCCGCUGCACCUGCUGAUCGUGCACAUCUUCCGCUGGGCCCAGCCACCUGCCCCACAGCUGCCUCCCCCCCUGCCAGGCUCCCAACUCCCCCCGCCAGCAAGGGGGCCCUCCCAGCUGCUUCCCUCAGUCACACUCAUUCAGCAGGAGCUGACUGAGACGGUGGGCUUCUUGUACAAGAAUCCGUUGUGCUGCUGCCAAGACCUGGCUGAGUUCCCUGGGACUUGGAAGCAAACGCCAGAGCUGGUGGCUGGCCUGGCUGCUCUCAUCCGGACCUCUCUGCAGCCACUGGAGGGGCCCCAAAGGCUCACGCCGGAGCGCUCCAGCACCCUCCAGGGCUACCUGCGCCACGUAGUGUGUGACUUGGAGGCUCAGCUGCGCAGCCUGGACUGGCACAACCUGCCAAACCCUUACGACCACCUGCAUGCCCUGGACCAGCUGUGCCGACUCCGGCAGUGGCUGCAGCAGUGGCAGCAGAAGCCCCAGCCCAGCGUGAAGCAACCCAGCAGCGAUGUGAGCAGCUUCCGGAUGGAGGCCCCGGUGGAGCCGAGAGGCCCCUGCUCCAGAGGCUCGCCUGGGCGCUUCCAGGUCUUCCGCUGGCUGGUGGUGGCCACAGCAGGCCUGGCUUCCGGAUUCUUCACAGUGCUGUACAGUCUGAAGCUGAGCAGGGGCCAAGCCACCCACUGGGUCACCAGCAUUGUGCUCUCUGAGCUGCAGGGCCUCCUCCUCAUGCAGCCGCUGAAGGUGGUGGCCCUGUCCUUGGUCUUCGCACUGCUGCGGAAGAGAGAGCUGGGCCAGGACAAGGGGCAGGAGCAAGAGCUGCAGCGGGCGCUCGGCCUUGCGGUAGCCCUCCCGUGUCCUCCUGCAACCCCUGGCUCAAGAGACGGGACCUCCAACACCAUCUACAGGCCGCCCCCUCUCCAGCCAGCAGCGCAGGCCAAGGGAAGAGCCCUGCAAGAGAAGAAGUUGUACUCCUUGGCCCGAGAGAUUGUGGUGCAGCUCCUGUUCCUGGCCGUGCUGAUGGUGCUCUGCUAUGGGGAGAGGAGCCCCAGCGAGUUCCACCUGAGCAAUGCCCUCCAGAAAAGCUUCACACGCCAAGUGGGCAACAUUCAGGAUCUGGAACAUCUGUAUGACUGGGCCAGACACACCCUGCUGCCCAGCAUCUGUCGGGACUCAGCAGGUUUUGCCACGGAUGCCAACUCCUUCCUGGUGGGCAGCAUGCGGCUCCGGCAGAUCCGGGCAGAGGGAGACCCCGAGAAGCCCUGGGCAGCUUUCUUCUGGCCCCAGGACGACCGAGGCUGCCCCCGCCCUGCCUGGGGGCCUAGCAGCACAGCACAGGAGGCGGCCUGGCUCUACCACAGUGAGGCCAGCCUUCAAGAGUACCCAGCCAGGGGGAAGUUCGCUGUCUACCCAGGAGGCGGCUACCUGGCAGAGCUUGGCCGGAAUGCCAGCCAUGCCAACAGCAUCCUCCGUGCUCUGGCAGAGGACAAGUGGCUGGACAGGUGCACACGAGCCGUCUUUGUAGAAUUCACUGUCUACAAUGCCAAUGUCAACCUCUUCUGUGCAGUUACUGUGAUGCUGGAGAACAACGGGCUAGGAGCCGUCGCCAGCUCCACCGCCCUGCAGGUCUUUCGGCUGCACCCCAACAGCCAGAUGCUGGUUCCGCUGGCCUCUGCCCAGCUCGCUUUCCUCCUGCUGCUCUUGUACUACAUCGUGGGGCAGGCCCAGGGCCUGAAGGAGCAGAAAUGGAGGCACUUCCACACCAAGAGGAGCCUGCUGGAUGCCUUCAGCGUCCUCGUCAGCCUGUCUGUGGUAGGCCUGUAUGUGAGGAGGGGGCUGCUGGCAGCGGGGGUCCAGAGGCAGCAUCGCCAGGACCGCAGCAGGUUCCUCCGCGUCUCGGAAAUGGUCGCCACGGACGCAGCCCUCACCCAGCUGAUGGCCUUCCUGGUGGCCCUGAGCACCAUCCAGCUGUGGCAGCUGCUCCGCCUCAACCCCCGGAUGCUCCUCAUCAGCCGCACUCUGCAGGCAGCCUGGGAGGAGAUCGUGGGCUUCCUGCUCACCCUCCUAGUGCUCCUGGUGGGCUACACCUUUGCAUGCAACCUCCUGUUUGGGUGGAGCAUCGCCAGCUUCAAGACCUUUUUUGAUUCGGCUGUGACGAUUGUCGGGCUGCUGGCUGGAAUCUUCAAUUACGAAGCGGUCCUGGCCCUGGACCCCGUGCUGGGCUCCCUGCUGCUGGUCACCUGCAUCCUCUCCAUGGUGUUUGUGAUCAUCAACCUCUUUGUGUCGGCCCUCCUGACCAUCUUCAGCAGGGAGAUGAAGGCUGUCUCCCAGGAGGCAUCUAUGAUGCAGCUGAUCCAGCUCAAGAUCUCCAGCUUGCUGGGCAUCAAGCAGUGGGCCCCAGGCCCUGCCCCCCCUCUCCAUGGAGCUACAGAGAACUGA